CAUUCCCUGGUUUAAAGGAAAUACACCAUCACAUCUUGACAAAAAAUCCAUUAGGCAUUUUCUUUAUGUACGUUUUUAAAAUCGGUCCUAACUUGUAUGAAUCAGUGUGUUAAACUUUACAAGCAAAAUCAUCAAUUAUGUAAAUGCAUAUACGACAGGAGUUAAAUGAUAAGAAAUCUCUUUACCCGAGAGAUGAGAUAUACAAUGUACGCUAUUUAAUAAAUCACGUUCAAUGCUAAUAUCGAAAAGGAAUCCCUACGCUAACUGUUAAGUGAAUAUAAUACAGUGGUAUGUCCCAAAUCAAAUACUGUUUUUCCUAUAGUCGCAUAUUUGAUAACGGCUCUGUACUUUGAGGACAUUAUAACCGUUUAUUGGCUGUUUGUGUGGGUAAUUAAUUAUGUUACCAUUAUUUUCAUUGGAUUAAUUAAUUGCAAUUUUAUUUAGAGUGUUAGUUCUAAAAUGACGGGAAAGACAUGUGGUUGAAAUUGAGAGUAAAUAAUGGAUUUGUAGAUAAUUUUACUGGUAAAUUAAUCUGUUUAUGGAUAUUACUUUGUUCAGCUUUAGGUCGUAACACAGACUACGGUUACAGAAGAAGACACCAAACACCCAGGUUUAAGUCAGCUUCAGGGAACAUAAGUUUUUUUGUUGGCGCAACUGCUAAUUUAUCAUGUGUGAUUGAAAACCUAGGUGCCAGACACGUUAUUUGGCGUAAACUUCCUGAGGAAAGUCCUAUAACUGUUGGUGAAAGGUUAUUUACACAAGAUGAUCGUUUCUCCGUAAACCAUAAUUCAGAACGAAAUAACUGGGAUUUGAAAAUAGAUGAUUUGACAUUCGGAGAUACGGGGACAUAUGAAUGUCAGGUUCCUUCAAAAGAUAAAAAUAUAAGACAACAUAUAUUUCUUCGAGUUAAAUCACGUCCAAAAGUAGACAAGACAGAACCUCCACCAGUCAUUUCGAUAUCAGGUCCUGAUCUGACGCAUGUAGGUGAUACAUUGGUAAUAAAAUGCAGCGCCACCUACAUUGGAGUGGCUAGCAUUGAUUGGUUCUUUGAUGGGUAUCUGUUACAGUCAAGUAUUGAAGAAGGAAUUUCAAUUAAGGACAGAUUUUCAAGUGUUUCAAAGACAAUACAUAGUACACUGCAAAUAAAGAAGGCCACCAUGUCCAGUUCCGGUACAUAUACUUGUAGAUCUGCAGAUCAAUAUGUAAAGGAAUACAGAAUAACGGUUCUCAGUGAUGUGAAAACAAAUAAUAAGAAAAGAGUUAUUUCAGAAUCUUUAGGGAGGGAAUCGUCAACAUCCGGUCAGAAAAGUAAUACCUCAUCAUGUGUUUCUAUCAACUUUCCAAUCAUAUACUUUAUUCUGAUCGCGUGGUUUGUGCAGAUUAAAGACAGUUUCAUUUGACCUUCACCUUUUAUGAUCUAAGUGUCACAUGAUGACACUAUUUGGCUUCUUGUCUGAAGCUUCUGACAUUGUCUAAGCAGCAUUCAUAAAUUCUGUACAUCACAUGAUCAAAGACAGAACUCGAUUGUUAAAUAGUAAAGUCAGCAGUCACGUGUGUCAUCAAUAUCCACAACAACAACAAAAACACACCACUUUAUAUGAUAGAAUUUCUUUGUUGAUGUUUAUGUGAUAAACGUAGAACUUAAUAACAAAUUAAUUUGCAAUUUACCGUAUAGCGGGUUAUUUUCGCGGGUGUAAAAUUUCGCGAUUUUCAUUGAAUAAGGUAUACGAAAUAUUUUGGCGGUUAUUAUUUUGGCGGAUUCAACAUUUGUUACAUUACCUUUGCAUGCACACUUUUAAAUUGGCGGAAUUUAUUUUGGCGAUUUUGUUCUAUCCGCGAAAAUAAGCGAAAAUUUACACCCCGCGAAAAUAACCCGCUAUACGGUAUGUCUUAGGCAAAAUAAGAAUUUGGCUUAAGGAGAAAGUAUUUUUAAACAUUAUGGGUUCUUGUUAAUUAAUCAGCUAUGGGAUGACUCAGCUACAUGUUGACUUCACUUGUACUUUUAUUUCUAAUAUCAGAAAAUGUUUUAAAAACAAAUGACACUAGAUAAUUAUAAUGUUGCUUUACGAAAUUACUUAUGUCGUAACGUUCUUUGUUAUCAAUAAUUAGUAGAUUUGUACAUUGUACAUUCAACGUUGUUAAUUUUAUGGGGAAGAUAUGAUCGAUUUCAAAGUCAUCAAGCUUUUCUUCAACCCAGAGGCUACCUUAAAUUUAUGUCUACUUUGUAGAAGUGCAUAACAUACUUUAUUUAUAGAAUGGUGAAGACUAUUUUUUCGAAAUGUUACAAUAAAAAAUUAAAACAAAAUCUUUACUAUAUGUUUUGUUUAUUUAUUUAUUUUUUCAAUUUUUUUGCGUGGUACAUUUCCUUUUUCAAUAUUUUUUUAGACUCUGCAAAAUGCCUGACAGAAAACAAUUAGAUGGCCGAAAAAUUGUCUGUUUAGGGAUACAAAUUUGCAAACAUUAGAGAUACCGGGUUAAACAUAUAGAAAACAGUAUACUUCUUUAGAAUCCUGUCUAUAUAUUAUACACUAUAUGGGACAAUAUAAAAACUUAAAAAUCAUCCAUCUAAGAACAUAAAAGGAAAAAUUGAUGUUGUUAUAUUGUUGGUUUUAUUGUUUUAUUUUUCACUCAGUUAAAUUGAUUAUACCUCUUCAUCAUUUUAUUUUAUUGUAUACUAGUAUUGUUUUUCAUUGUGAAAAGUAGCAGGUAUAACGAGGUAACUGCUUUGGUCCUUGAAAUCGCAAAUUUAGGAUUAUUAUAAAUCUGACAAUUAACAUCUUACAGAUGUCUAAAAGAUCUCAAUAUUAUGUCAAUAUAUUUGCAUUAUUUUGGCCUAUGCUUAGCAAAAACAAUUUACUUGAUUUUUAGUAGAACUAGAGUUAUACUACUUUUGUAGUUUCAGGGGACAAAUUAUUGAUCCUGUUGUACCUCUUUGCCUACAAAUAAAAGCAAAAACAUGU